GAGCAUCAUGCGUCCAUGCCUCUUAUUAUAUAUGUAAAGAGGAACACAGAUAUACAUGAAUCAGAAGAUAACAGAACCUUCUCAGCAAUGGUGGGCGCAGAGUCUUUCAUGCUCGUUCCCCUUUUCCUUUUACUUGUUCUUGCCAGCACCACCUCAGCCUCGAUAUCUGGAAUUGCUACAAGUAACGCCAGCGACCAUCUUGCCCUCCUAUCCUUCAAGUCUCUCAUAAGGACUGAUCCAUCACAAGCUCUGGAGUCAUGGGGAAACCAGUUCAUCCCUCUGUGCCAAUGGUACGGUGUCACGUGCGGCAUACGAGGACGCCGUCGUGGCCGUGUUACGGCAUUGGAUCUCGAGAAUCUCAGCCUUGUAGGCACCAUCUCCUCUUCAGUAGCCAACCUUACAUUCUUGAAGAGGCUCUACCUCAAUAGUAAUCGCUUCAGCGGUACUGUGCCAACAGUUCUUGGGCACCUACUGAACCUAAGGCAGCUGAACCUGACAGAUAAUUCUCUUGAUGGUAUGAUUCCAGCAUCACUUUCAAACUGCAGUCAUCUUGAGGACAUCAGCCUCGAAUUCAACAACCUGAAAGGGAAGAUACCGGGAGAGCUUGGCGCCUUGCCAAACUUAAGAUCAAUUCUGCUCUUCCAAAAUGAGCUUGAGGGGGAGAUGCCUCAUGAGCUUGGUUCCUUGCACAAUCUCGAGGCACUAAAUCUUGGCCACAACAAGAUUACAGGAAUCAUCCCUCAGGAGAUCUGCAACCUUGUGAACCUCAGGUUUCUGCACAUUGGAAACAACAAGCUAACAGGAGAGAUUCCAACUGGGAUAGGUAACCUUUUUAAAUUAAGUAAGUUAUCACUAAGUACAAAUCAACUGACUGGUUCUAUCCCAAGUUCUCUAGGAAACCUCUCAGCAUUGACUGUUCUUACUCUCCAUACAAAUAAUCUAACAGGGAGCAUUCCACCGUUGCAAAGUCUUUCAUCUCUAAGAGUACUUGAAUUAGGAGUUAAUGACCUUUCAGGAUGCAUCCCUUCUCAGUUAGGAAAUCUUACAUCACUAGUAUUUAUAGAUCUUCAGGAAAACCAUCUGACUGGAGGCAUUCCAGAAUCACUUGGUAACCUAAACUUGCUUGAAACUCUUGACCUGUCGUUCAACAACCUUACCGGUUCCAUACCUAAUUCCAUCGGAAACCUGCUUUCUCUCUCUGAACUUGACCUAAACAAUAACCAAUUAGAAGGUGCAGUACCUCCUCUUCUGUUCAACCUUUCCUAUCUGGAGGUUUUCGAUGUACAAAGUAAUUAUUACCUUAAUGGUUCUUUUCCAGUUGACAUGGGGAACAACCUUCCAAAUCUAGAGCUCUUUCUCAUCGAUUAUAAUCAAUUCCAUGGCCUUAUUCCUCCCUCCUUAUGCAAUUCCUCUAUGCUUCAAAGGAUUGAAACUGUGGAUAACUUAUUAACAGGAACAAUUCCCAAUUGUCUAGGAAUUCACUUAAAGAGAUUGUCUUCAUUAACCUUUGCAAAAAAUCAGAUUCAGGCAACACAAGAUGCUGACUGGGAUUUCUUAGCUAGCCUGACUAAUUGUAGUGAGUUGCAGCAGUUGGAUUUGGGUGAUAACUUGUUUGCAGGUGAGAUACCAUGUUCAAUAGGCAAUCUCUCCAGAAGUCUGGAAUAUCUUAAUAUGGAAUACAACAGCAUAACUGGAAUAGUCCCUGAAGAAAUAUCAAAUUUGGUCAAUCUGAGCACACUUCACCUAUAUGGCAAUCAUCUGCAAGGUACUAUUCCCAACUCUUUUGGCAUACUAAAGGGACUGAAUGGGUUAUUCCUAGGAAUGAAUGACCUAUCAGGACCAAUACCUCCAGCUAUUGGCAAUCUUACUAAAUUAAGCAGACUUCAUCUUGAUGGUAACACACUUAACGGAAGCAUACCUUCUAGUCUUUUUGGUUGUCCUUUAGAAAAAUUAGACCUUUCACACAAUAGCCUUGUUGGUCCAAUACCUCAAGAACUUUUCCUUAUCAGUACAUUGUCUGAUUACAUGCACAUCCAAAACAAUCAGUUAACUGGGACAUUGCCUAUAGAACUUGGGAACCUCAAGAAUCUUGGGACACUUGAUUUUUCUGGUAAUCAAAUAUCUGGAGAGAUUCCGAUCUCCCUUGGGGAGUGCCACAUGCUGCAGUAUCUCAACGCAUCUCAUAACAACCUUCAAGGGACAAUUCCGCUAUCAGUAGAGCAGAUGAAAGGCCUUUUGGUGAUUGAUCUUUCUUACAACAAUUUGUCUGGGGACAUCCCUGAAUUUCUUGCUAACAUGAAUGAUCUUUCUGCCUUUAAUCUCUCGUUCAACAACUUCAAAGGUCAAGUUCCAAAAGAUGGAAUUUUCAGAAAUGCAUCUUCUGCCAUGAUCAUAGGAAAUAAUGGCUUGUGUGGCGGUAUCCCUCAGUUAAAGUUGCCACCUUGCUCCAGCAAAAAUGCAAAGAAGCCAUCUUUUAGGCUCAUUAUAGCAAUGUCUAUAGGCAGUGUAUGUCUAUUUGGCAUGUUUACAAUGUUUGUAUCCUUCAUUUGGAAAAAGAAGACAAAGAUGAACCUCCAAACAUCAACAAUUAGUGAGCAACAUAUGAGGAUUUCAUAUGCUGAAUUGGCCCAUGCAACAGAUAGUUUCUCAUCAGGGAACCUCAUUGGAGUAGGGAAUUUUGGCUCGGUGUUCAAAGGGCAACUUAUGAUUAAUGAACUACACAUGACAGUUGCUGUCAAAGUGCUCAACCUCCAACAACAUGGGGCAUCUCAAAGUUUCGCUGCAGAAUGUGAGACUUUGAGAUGUGCCAGACAUCGUAAUCUCGUGAAGAUCUUAACAGUCUGCUCAAGUGUGGACUUUAGAGGCAUUGAUUUCAAAGCCCUCGUGUUUGAGUUCUUACCGAAUGGAAAUCUAGAUCACUGGUUGCACCAGCCAAUUGAGGGAGAUGGUGAACACAAAAUGCUUGACCUCGUUCAAAGACUAGGCAUUUCUAUUGAUGUGGCUUCUGCACUCGAAUAUCUACACCAACACAAGCCAUUGCCAAUUAUCCACGGUGACCUCAAGCCUAGCAAUAUUCUCCUUGAUGAUGACUUGGUUGCUCAUAUUGGGGAUUUCGGGCUGGCAAGGUUCUACCACCAGGACUCCAUGGACAGUCCUGAGGUAUCUAGUGCUUGGGCUAGAAUGAGAGGAACAACUGGCUAUGCUGCUCCAGAGUAUGGAUUGGGAAACAAGGUUUCAGCCCAAGGUGAUGUCUAUAGCUAUGGUAUACUACUGCUGGAGAUGUUUACAAGAAAAAAACCAACAGACAGUGAAUUUGGUGAAGAUUUCAGUCUUCAUACAUAUGUAAAGAUGGCAGUGCCAGACCAAGUGGCUAAUAUUGUCGACACCUACUUGCUACAAGAAGAAGAUGGUGAUGAAGGAUUAACAUCUGACUGUGACAGAACAAAAGAUAUAAGGAAUGCUUGCAUAACAUCUAUUCUGCGUGUUGGAAUUUCCUGUUCAAAGGAAACACCAACAAAUCGCGUGCAAAUUGGAGAUGCUCUAAAAGAGUUGCAAAGAAUAAGGGACAGGUUUCUCAGGGAUUCAAAUCAAGGAGCUCCGGGACACUGAAGAAUUCCAAGGUUAUUCCAGAGUAUCAUACCUCGAUGCGACGUGUGUUACAAUAAAUCAGGUUGAAGAGGUGUACAGCUUGUUAGCUUUUUAAUCAAGGAUUCCUCUCGUCUGAAAUAAGAAACUAUUAUGCCCAAGUAAAAUGUGGAGGAUUAUAUUCUUUCUUUUGCCAUAUGAGCAUAAAUGUAUGCCAACUUAGUACAUUUCGAGUCCCAUAAUCUGUCCAUUUAAUCCUCAAUUGGUUUCAUA